UUGGUUCAGUGCAUGCGGUGUCGCUUUGAAUGUGCAAUGAUCUGCGAGGAUUGGGUCCCUUUUCCCUUCAAUAGUCUAGGAUGGCGACAGGACCUUUCACGCUGCAAAAAAGUCACCGAGGACGAAAUUUGGCGAUAUUUAGGUCGCACCUCGUGUUCUCUUCGGCAAGCACAUCGCGGCUGGGCAUUCAAAGAAGAAGGUUUCGUCCGCAACGUGAUGCUGAAUGAAGAGACUGAGAACUCUGGUAUUGGGCUACUAAGGGCUACCUGUACGCCGUCGAUGAGAAAAGGCUUCUACACUGUAUCUGCAUGGUACAAGAAGGAGGAUGGACGAAUCGGUGGGGCUCACUGCCAGUGCGUAGCAGGGCUCAGCGAAACUUGCCAUCACGUGGCUGCUGUUCUGUUUUUCGUAGCAGAUGCAGCACAGUCUGGAGUGAGAACAUGCACGGAUCUCCCGUGCGCUUGGAUUGUGCCCUCACAAGGGAAGAAAGUCCCUUCUCCAAGACCACUGCAGGAAAUACAUUUCCAAAAACACUUGGUACACAAGCCAGCAAGGGAAUGCAGGAGGCGUAUUUACAACCCAUGUGAAGAACAGCGGGAUAACGAAACUGAUGCAUACAAAGACCUGCUUGAAGACAUGGGAGACCACCACCCGUCUAUGCUGUGGUUUCGGCAUGCCGCCCCAAACAAGGAUGCCGUUGUACCCAAGAAGCCAUCUCUGCCCAUCAGUGACGAUGCCAACCUCAGCACGGAAGGUGCUGUACUGAUCAGCAAGGAGUUUCAACGGUUCCUGAGGCCAUUGACAGACGAGGAGAGGAAUCGGAUCACACUGCAAACCAUGAAUCAGUCCGAAAACAAGGAGUGGCACAAGGAGAGAAUCGGACGCCUGACAUCUUCACUGUUCAAACGAAUUGUCAAGUGCCGCACCCCCGAUGGACUAUUGAAGCAGCUGCUGUACCCCAAGGACUCUGCUUAUUCAGAGGCAAUUGCCUAUGGGAGAAGGAAUGAGUCUGUCGCUGUUCGUGCUUAUUGUGAACUUAUGGCUGCUCAAGACCGCAAUGUUUCUGUCCACAGCACUGGUCUGCAUGUUCACUCACUGUACCCUUUCAUAGCAGCCUCACCUGACCGUACACUCUAA